AUGAGCCAUUUGCACUUUGCUGUCAUGGGCUUCGGCAGCUCUGUGUACGCGGACGCUGGCCACUUCUGCACUGCCGCAGUGCGUGCGGAUGCAGCUCUUGCUGCGCUGGGAGGGCUGCGUGUGGCGAGACUCCUGCGGGUCACGGACACCAAGGAGCUUGCGAACCAGGCCAGCGAAUGGCAGCUCGAGCUGCAGUCCUCAAUCUCGGCUGCGCUCAGGGGCGUCGAGAUUCCGAAGGCACGCGGGAUCGAGGGCAACGCUGCUGCUGAGGCGGCCGUGGCGCAAACAGCAGACCAAGAAGGCCAAGGUGAAGAGGACAGCUCGGACUCUGAGGACGACAGCAGCACCACUGUCAGCUCAGGUGAGGCUGCAGCCAAGGGCUCCACGUCCGAUGUGGAAGAGCUUGCGGAGGGAUGCGCUGGGGACACGGUCAAGAAGCCCGAGGAGCGGCAGAUGCUCACCACGAAGCACCGUGCGCAACUCACAAAGGAAGGCUACAAGAUCGUUGGUUCGCAUUCGGCAGUCAAGCUCUGCCGCUGGACGAAGCACCAGCUCAGAGGCCGGGGAGGAUGCUACAAGCACUCCUUCUAUGGCAUCACUUCUUACCAGUGCAUGGAGGCGACGCCCUCCCUGGCAUGUGCCAACAAGUGCGUUUUCUGCUGGCGCCAUCACAAGAAUCCAGUGGGAACCGAAUGGAAAUGGUCGAUGGAUCCUCCUGAUCAGAUUGUGGCCGAAGGCAUCGAUCAGCAUCGGAGGAUGAUCCGGGAGUGCAAGGGCAUUCCUGGAGUCCAAAAGGAACGCUUCGAAGAAGCGAUGACCGUGAGGCAUUGUGCUCUCUCACUCGUCGGCGAGCCGAUCAUGUAUCCUAGGAUAAACGAGCUUGUGGGCGAGCUCCAUCAGAGAAAAAUCAGCACCUUCCUGGUGACGAAUGCACAGUUUCCGGAGGCCAUUCGCAACCUCGAUCCGAUCACGCAGCUAUACGUCAGUGUAGAUGCCGGGACGCCGGAGACGCUUAAGGCGGUUGAUAGGCCGCUGUUCUCCGACUUCUGGCAGAGAUACUUGGACUCCCUGAAGGCAUUGAAGGCCAAGAAGCAGCGAACAGUCUACCGACUGACCCUGGUCAAGGGCCACAACAUGGAGGAGGCGGCGAACUACGCAAAGCUCGUGGCGUUGGGAACCCCGGACUUCAUCGAGAUCAAGUCCGUGACCUUCUGCGGCGAGUCUAAGGCAUCCUCGCUUACGAUCCAGUGCACGCCCUGGCACGAAGAGGUCAAAGCCUUCUCGGAAGCCAUGCUCUCGAAGGAAGGUCUGGAGUCCCAGUACGAGCUCGCUUGCGAACACCAGCACAGCUGCAUUGUGCUGCUCGCCCACAAGCGCUACAAGGUCGAUGGGCGCUGGCAUACUUGGAUCGACUAUGACCGCUUCCACGAACUUGUCAAAUCAGGUGUCGAAUUUGAUGCUACUGAUUACUGGGCUCCGACGCCGGAGUGGGCCCUUUACGGCUCGGAAGAGGCGGGAUUUGACCCCAACGAGACGCGCGUGUAUCACAACCGCACCAAGAAGCGUGCCCAAGCCGGCCUCCUUUCAAAGGAGCAGCUGAAGAUGUACCCAGACAAUCCGGCCAAGCAGUAA